AUAAAGCGCAGCGCUGGGAUGCACAACUCGAGUCAUUCCGUGCCUGCGCACUCGGCUCCCUCUGCGGCUCCCCCGGCCGGCACCGAGCGCCCCCUGGCGGCUGGAGGUGCAUCCGACAUGGCGGCGCGGCGGCUGUGGGCGCUGCUGUUGGCGCUGCGGGCGGGGUGGUGCGUGCUGCCGCAGGUCGGGUACCUGCACCCCGAUGAGUUCUUCCAAUCGCCCGAGGUCAUGGCAGGAGACAUUUUAAACCUACAGGUCUAUUAUCCCUGGGAAUUCCUUUCCAGCUCUCCCUGCAGAACAGCUGUUUUCCCUUUGCUGACCUCUGGAUUUGCCUACUGGGUGCUGAAGGCUUUGCAGCGGCUGGAUGUGUGCUCGCCUUGUGUCAGCAGCUACAGCCUUCUCGUGGCUCCUCGCCUUCUCCUCACUGUCUUUUCUUUCGUACUUGACUACAGCGUGCACCGAUUGGCUCCUCUCUGGGGAGCGGAUCCGUGGGCAGCGCUGCUCCUCCUUGCAGGAUCCUACGUCACUCUGGUGUUUUACACGAGGCCGUUCACCAACACACUCGAAGGAUUUCUCUUUGCUUUUCUGCUGGUGUUAGUUUGCUCCAGAACACCAGGCAGCAGCUGCACGAAGCCGAAAUGCAGCUCUCUGAUAGGUGUGGUGGUGGCUGCGGGCUUUUUCAACAGGCCGACCUUCCUGGCGUUUGCUCUCAUGCCCCUGCUCUACUGGGCGGGUUUAAACACUGGCUCCCAAAGGAGCAUUAAAACUCUCAUAAACCCCUUCUUAAAACUGAUCACCUGCGCAUGUUUUACCGCUGUUGUUUUCAUAGCAGCCGACACCGUGUAUUUUACCUCCGUGGGCUUGGACGGCCUUUUCAGCUCCACAAACAGCAGCCUGUUGGAUGUUAUAGCUCAGUUAAAUCACAGAGCUGUGCUGACCCCUUUCAACUUUCUCUGCUACAAUCUCGACUCUCGUAACCUUGCGCAGCAUGGAAGUCACCCCCGAGUGACGCAUUUUAUAGUGAACGGAGUCAUGCUCUUUGGGAUCUUACAUCUUCUGGCCAUUAAUGCUGCUUUUCAGAUGCUAAAGAAAUACAUCCGCCGGUUAAUGCGGGUGGGAUGGUGUAGUAAUAGAGGGUCACCCAGGUUAUCGGUGCACUCCGAGGGCCAGUCGAUGCUGCUGCUGUUUUAUUUUGUUCCUUUGGCACUUCUCUCCCUGUUCAGCCACCAAGAGCCUCGCUUUCUCAUCCCUCUCAUCUUACCAUUAGUCCUGUUCGGCGCAUCACACAAUAGAGCUGUGAAGUGGAAAACAAUCAUUAUCAUUUUUAAUGUUCUCGGGGCUUUCCUGUUUGGAUGCCUGCACCAGGCGGGGCUGAUACCGUGUUUGUUUCACUUGGAGCAUGUUGUGCAUUCUUUGCAGUCCUCAGACCACCCCAGGCACUAUACUCUGCUCUUUGCUCAUACCUACAUGCCUCCAAGGUCCCUGCUAAAUAUCGAAAAGAAAGACACGUAUGUAGAAGUGAUUGAUAUGGCUGGGUCCAAAGAGGACACCCUCUGCCAGGUGAUAGGGCAGCACACAAACAAUCGCACCUGCAGUGACUGUCACUUUUGGGUUAUAAUCCCCGGUACAGUCAGAGCCGCUAUUUCCAAAUGCAGUGUCCUGCUCAAGAAUGAGACUUUGAUAUUUCCACACUUAUCAAUGGAAGAUCCACCACAACUAUCCUUCCUAUUCAGUGAGAACUGGAGAAGUCAGUUAGGACUGUACAUCCUUCAGAUAGGCACAGCUCAGCAGAGCCUUUAGAUCUUUAGAAUAUUUGAUGUUUUCCCUUUGACUCUGCCCAGAUGUGCUGUCAGACCUUCCCCUUCAAGGUCCUGCACUCAGCACAGGCUGUUGUGAGCUCCUCCAUUCUCCCUUCAUGCUCAGUAUAGCCAUCAAUACCAAGAUCAGAAUCAUUCAGUCCCUGUGGUGUUUCUGAGAAGUUUGCCUCAUUUUCCUGAUGAGAAAGGAUGAACCCAGAGACCAGAAACCAAUUUGAGCUUCAUCCUCUUCAUAUGAGAUAUGCAUUAGAAGUUCUUAUCUCAGAUUUGUGGGCUGUGCUACUGAAAACAGGCAUUUAACUCAUCUGCUGGAGAGAAGUUACUGGAGUGGAACUUCAUCUGCUUCAAUGUGGUUUUACCUUAAUGAUUCUAUGAACCUUUAUGCUCUUGCAAUUUCAGCCCCUCCUCUCUGUCACUGUAUCAGUCACCAUACGGACACCAGUGUUACAGUAUUCUUUGUAUUGAUGUAACAGAAUCAGAUUUAGAACAAGGAAGAUGCUUCAGCACAAGCAUUUGUGCUAAAUCCUAAAACUGAAGUAUUAUUUUGCCUGUUUAGUGUUUCUUGAUGCAGUAAAUCCCACGGAUGCCCUGCAUACAUAAUAUGCACAGCAACCUGAGGGUGCUGCCUGAUGGAAUUAAGUCUGACUACUACUUAUCUACUCCAAAAAGGGCAGCUCCCUUCCUGUGUUCCUGUGGUGUUUUGCAGCUGUGACUUUGGGCACUGCGAUGUGCUGCUUCAAGGAGCUGCACAGACAGAACUGACACCUUGCAGGGGUUUGAUCCCCGUCCCUCCCAACCAAGGGGAUCCCUGAGCUGACCAUGGGGUUAAAGAAGCACCAGGUCUGCCACAGGUGAGUGUGUGAGGUUAAAGGGGGAAGCUGCAUCUUUUGGGCACCCCUCCCCUUUCUGUAACAGCUCCCCAUUGAUUCAGCUUAGUUGGAAUGAUCACAUCCUGGCACUCUCAUAGAGCACAGUCUCAUUUUAAAGCAGGACGCAUAUAACCCUCAGCUUCAGCAAACACACGUGCUUAGUAGUACAGCACAACUAAACAUCCAGGUUUUUAUGUUCACGAACUUCUGAAUUCAAAACCAUCCUGACAUGGAGCAAGAUACUAAUUUGGUCUAUUUGUCAGGCCUGUCCCUGUGAAAUGAAUUAAUUCUUUCUGCUUGCAGUGGCAGUGAAGCUUUUUGCAGUUCUCCAUCCGCACAGCCUUGAUUAAGACCUUAUUUGCCAGUUUUGCAUUGUAAGUCCUCCAUGUGCUCACCAUGAACCCUCCAUCCCUCCCUGCUGAGUCCUGCAUGCUGACGGUGUGUGCUUUUUGGUGGGGGAGCAGCAGGGUGGCUGUGCCAUGUACUCAUGCAGCAGCAGGAGGAAUUAACAAAGCACCACAACACUGCGCUAAUGUAUAUGUUAAUUUCCUUUUUGUUCUUUUAAGUUGGGACAACAGCAUUGUGCCAGCAUUUGUAUUCCAUGUUACUAUUUUCAGCUAUUCUUAAACAGCUAUAAAGUCUGAUAAUAUUUUGAAACUUA